CGUCCAGCCUUCUGGGAGGAGAGUCUGUCCUGCAGCGUGAAGGCAGCGCAGCACUUUGUGUUCCUGUUCCUUCCUCCCUAAAAAAAAAAAACAACACAAGUUUAAGGGUGAAGUCAUGAGUGCAGAAACGCACACUUGUUAUGAAGGCUGCAAUGUCAACAUCUUUCAGUUCUACCUGGAAAAGUCCGGAGAGCACGCGGCCAUCGUCCAGUGUCUGCAAAAUGUCCUGCCUGCACAAUUUCAAAGAAUUGGAGCUGGUAAAAGCAGUCUGGAUGUUCUUGGUGUUGGGAGUGGGGGAGGUGAGAUGGAUGUUCAGAUACUCUCACUUCUGCAGUCGGCCUUCCCUUCUCUUCCCAUAACUGCUGAUAUUGUGGAGGGUAGCUCUGAGCUCACAGCCAACUUCAAAGCUUUGGCAGCCAAGACUGCUGACCUUAAGAAGAUCCAGUUCUCUUGGCACAUCAUGUCCAGUGAGGACUAUGAGAAAGCAAAGGCAGGCAUAAAGAAAUUUGACUUCAUACACAUGAUCCAGAUGAUCUACUAUGUAAAGAGCCUGGCUGAAAGUAUCAAGUUUCACCACGGGCUCCUCAAAAAUAAUGGCAGGCUCAUGAUCAUUGUUGAAGCAGCCAACAGUGGUUGGGACAUCCUGUGGAAGACUUACAAGAAGGAGCUGUGUGUUGGAAGCAUCACCGAGUACCGUUCAUCCGGAGAGAUCGUUUCCUGCCUCAAGGACCAAAGCCUUAAAUUUGAGGAACAUCCGGUUCCCAACAGCUUUGACAUCACAGAAUGCUUUGACCGGAGCAGCGUAACUGGAGAACGUCUGCUGAGCUUCAUGACAGGAACAGAGCACUUCUACGAGUCCUUCAGCCCAGAGGUCAGAACAGGCAUCCUGGACGUCCUCAGGAACAAGUGCAGCGCUGAAAAAGACGGCAGGGUGUUCUUCAACAGCAAUCUAACCUGCAUUUUUGUUCAGGCUUAAGUUUCCUGACAAAUAUGCUCUUCUGUGCAUUUUAAUGUUCACACAGAGUUGGAUGUAAAGGUCAUAAAUGGUUAAACUAAAAAUCUACAUAGUGAGAAAAAAAAUAGGAUUUUUUUCUCUUCUUUCUUUUUUCAGGCUCUGCGACGUCUCGCAUGUCUGUGAAGCUGUAAGCCGGGUUUGGUUCUAGAAUAAUAUUCCAAGUUUUGAAUAAAGCAGAAAAAGCAUCGCAAGGCAUCCAAGUGAGGAGUUAAGCAGAGAAGCCACAUAAGACGAUGAUAUUUCCAAAGAGAGAAAAAUCUGCCAACAAGAAAGCUAUCAGUUGUGCAGUCCACAAAUCUGACUUCUGAGGAAAAUUGGUAAGAAAAAAAUAAUUACUGAAAGAGAUCCAUAAGAAGUCCAAAGUAAGUACUACAAAAUUAUUCCAGUUUCUAAAGUUGAAUGACUUAGCAUUCAGUAGCGUAAAGAAGCAAAAUGUAAAGAAAAAAUAUUGCUAUAGCUGUGUUACUGACAGGCAGUUUCUUUACUUUUUAAUGUGAUAUGACUCCUUGUUUUUAUCCCAACAGUUUACGUUGUUCAAUAGAAAUGACUGAAUUCUGAAGGUGAAAAGAUGAUGUUCUGAAUUUACUCUGAAAUCCAGAUUAUAAUGUUAGCACAUAGAUUCAGUGACCCAUCCUUAUAAAACCUGGAGGAACCUGUUUACACCCACAGACAGGUGACUUUAGGGCAACGUGAAAGGCUUUUGUCAGCAUAACUUACGUAUUAACUCUAUGCAGCAUUUGUGUCCUAGAACUACUUUCAGUAAUGUAACUCCAGAUGUAAAAUGUUUUCCUUUUAUGGUCACAUUUUGAUUUUGUGAUGCAUUUAGAAAAGACAAGGAACAAUUUCUGAGCAAGCUGCUCCGAUACUGGAUGUUCUCUAUAGCAAAAUGGGAGAGUCCGUUUGGAAACAUGUUUGUGUAAAGGGUUAUAUUUGUAUUGAUCUUUGCAUGAAAAAUAAAUGAACGAAUGGCAAGCGCUGUUUGCA